UCCAGAGACAGUCCUGUGGACUAAAGAGCUCAGGAACUUGGCUCCGAUUUUAGCUAUAAUUCAAUCUGUACUCCAAGUAAGGCUGCAUUGGGUUUAUUCAGUUUAUUGUUUUAUUCAAAACAGAUUUAAGCUAUAGUGAAGGCAUGUGCUGGAUAGUAAUCAUAAACGUUAAUAAUAUUAAUAUAAUAUUAAUAUAAGUGAAAGUGCUUCAGUAAGGUUUAUGAAAGUUUGUCAGUCACAUUAGAUUAGUUUAUCAAUAAGUUAUAAAUAUUAUCGAUAUUUUUUAUUUAGGAAUAGCGGUGUUUUAAUAAAAUGUGGUCGUGUUUAGUUAUAUUUGUUUGCCUCUUCGCUGAAACAUCUGCUCACUCGUUUGAGACUGAAGAGAUUGUACCUGUUCGGCUGACUGGAAGAAGCGGUGGACGAGUAGCAAAGAGGAGUGAAAUGCAGCCCAGCUUCAGGCUCUCGGCUUUCGGCAGGAAUUUCACACUCAAUUUGACACCGGACAGCACCUUCAUAUCGCCAGCGCUGAAAGUUUACCGCGUCAAAGUCAAACCACAAGAAAAGUCAACCAGCAACCUGACAGAUUUUUAUCAAUCCUUUAAUCAGACUGAGGAGACUGGGACAGAGUUUUUAAAAGGCUGCUUUUACACCGGCUCUGUUGACUCCAGUGAAGACUCAGUCGUUUCUGUCAGCUUAUGUCGUGGGAUUUUAGGAUCGUUUAUUUCAGAUGGUAAAGAAUAUCUAAUUGAACCGAAACCUUUCGGUUUGGGGACUAAUGGAAAGUUAACUGAGCAGCUGCAUGUCAUUAAAAGGAGACGUUUUGCAAAGUCCUCGCAGGUUUCUAAACAGCUGUCAGAUAUGAGAGAUGAUCUUCAAAACUCAAGUAUCCAGAUGCCAUCUAAGCGCAGACGCUUUGUCUCAACGCCCAGGUUUAUUGAGACGCUGGUUGUGGGUGACGCCUCCCUCACACACUUCUAUGGAGACGAGAUCAAGCACUACAUGCUGACCUUGAUGUCAGUGGCCGCUCAGGUUUACAAACACCCCAGCAUUAAGAACUCCAUCAACAUCGUGCUUGUGAAGAUGCUAAUUGUGGAGGAUGAAGAGGUCGGGCCGUCCAUCUCCAGUAAUGGAGGCGUCGCUCUGCGUAGCUUCUGUGCCUGGCAGCAGCUCUUCAACCCGUCCAGCCACAGGCAUCCGGAGCAUUACGAUACAGCCAUACUGUUCACUAGAGAGGACAUCUGUGGACAUCAGAGUUGCGAGACGUUGGGUGUAGCUGAUGUUGGAACCAUGUGUGACACUAAAAGGAGCUGUUCUGUGAUUGAAGACAACGGCCUUCAGGCGGCUUACACAACUGCACAUGAGUUAGGUCAUGUUUUGAGCAUGCCUCAUGAUGACACUAAGAGCUGUGAGCAGCUUUUUGGACAUCUAGGCGCGCAUCAUAUCAUGGCUCCUGUAUUCACUCAGCUCAGUAAAACCUCACCCUGGUCUCCCUGCAGUGCUUUGUACAUCACUGAGUUUUUCGACAACGGACAUGGAGACUGUUUACUGGACGCCCCUGAGACCACAGUGGCUUUACCCACUGAGCUGCCAGGCCUAACUUACAGUCUGGACCGCCAGUGCCAGCAGAUAUUUGGAGAGGAGUUUUCACAUUGUCCCAACACCUCAUCCAGCGAAGUGUGUGAGCGGCUUUGGUGUCAACAGGAGGGCCGAUCUAUGUGCACGACCCGAAAUGGGAGUCUGCCCUGGGCGGAUGGCACAAGCUGUGGCACCAACAGGACCUGUCUGAACAGUGUGUGCAUGUCCUCUGAGGAUGUCCUGAGGCCGCAGCCGGCUGUGGAUGGAGGUUGGGGUGGGUGGGGAUCUUGGCAGCCGUGCUCCAGGUCAUGCGGAGGUGGAGUGAUGUUCUCCUACCGAGAGUGCAAUCGACCGUCUCCUCAAAACGGAGGAAAAUACUGCGUGGGCCAGAGAGUCAAUUACCAGUCCUGCAACAAACAGGCCUGUGAGAAUACCCGAGGAAAAAGUUUUCGAGAGGAGCAAUGUGAAAAGUACAACAAUCCCAAUCACUUUGAUAUUCAUGGCAAUGUGAAGCAGUGGAUACCAAAAUACGCUGGAGUGUCGUUACGGGAUAGAUGUAAACUCUUUUGCAGAGCACGAGGCAGCAGUGAAUUCAGAGUGUUUGCACCUAAGGUGAUUGAUGGAACCUCAUGUGGUCCUGAUACCACAUCAUUCUGUGUGCAAGGCCAGUGUAUCAAAGCUGGUUGUGACCUGGAGAUCGAUUCUAGUAAGAAGCUGGACAAAUGCGCCGUGUGUGGAGGAAACGGCCAGAGCUGCAGGAUGAUAUCUGGCUCCUUCAAUAAAGUCAUCCAUGGAUAUAGGGACAUUGUGACAAUUCCAAGUGGAGCCACUAACAUUAACAUCAAACAGCAGAGCCAUGGAAGUAUACCCCAUGAUGGCCAUUACCUGGCUGUACGAAGAGAAAAUGGCGAUUACAUCUUGAACGGGAACUUCUCUGUAUCCACGGUGGAGCAGUAUAUUCCGGUGCUGGGCGCUGUUCUGAAGUACAGUGGCUCUUCUACAACACUAGAGAGACUUCAGAGCUUCCGGCAGCUUCAGGAGCCCAUCACAAUACAACUGCUCUCCACCGUUGCUGAAUCCAUCCCACCGAAGGUCAAAUACACCUUUUACAUCCCUAAAAGCAUGACGUUCAGCAAACCAAAAGACAAAAAGAUUGCAGGCAAGUUGAUUCAUCCCUUUGGGGUGCCACAGUGGAUCUCGAGCGAGUGGUCCGAAUGCUCCAAAACAUGUGGUUCUGGGUGGUCCAGAAGAAAUGUGGAAUGUAAAGACAAUGCUGGCUUCUAUUCAAACCACUGCAAUAAAGAUCUCAGACCGUCUGAUAUCAGGCCUUGCGCAGAUCUGCCGUGUCCCAUAUGGCAGAUAGGACCUUGGUCUUCAUGCUCUCAAACUUGUGGCCACGGGGAACGACAGCGCAAGAUUCUCUGCAUCGAUUACACUGGGAAGACUGCAGAGCCAGAGAACUGUGACCCUGCCAAGAUGCCUGAAUCUGUAUCUGAAAACUGUUUCUACCAAGGGUGCUGAGGACUUCAUCUGCAGUAAAUGAUUCAGUUGUUCAGACGUUCCUGUGAACCGAAAGAUUACCAUUUGACCAUGCUUCAGGUUGGAGCAGGAAAUUUUCAGUUUUAGACAGAAUAUGAUUGACGUGUGGAGUGAGCUUGGUUAUAAAUGUUGCACAGAUUAAUCAGUUGGGCUUUGGUUUUUCCAAAUUUAUAUAUUUAUAACCACUAUUGAUGCAAUAGAUAUCUACCUCAUCAAUGCUUUAUUGCAGUUUCCCUAACUUCUAACUCCUAGAUCCUGUUCACACUUGGUUUUAAGAAGCAUUUGGUCACCCAAACACAAGUGGAUGAUGCUAAAUGCAGGUGCAAAUGGGGACUGACGCGUUUUGUGCUUGUUCGUGCAAGUUGAAAACACAUCAUAUCAGAUUGCUUUCACAGUUUAUAUGCUCAUGUGGUAGAAUGCAUUUCAACAGCCGUAUAAAACUACCUAUUCUUCAUCUACUGAUGUAAUUCCAAAUCAUUAUGGGAUGCAUUAUUAAAAUGAACUAAUCACUGUCACAAUGGACUAAAGUUUACUGUCGAACGAGAAUUUUAAUUUCUUGAUUCUGACACAAACCCAACGUGUUGGGCAAACAUUUCAAAGACGUCUAAUGGACAUCCAACAAAUACAAAAUAGAAUAGACAAAUACACAGAUUUCACAUGUGUAGUCAUUCAUUCAUGUCUAUUUGAUGACUUUUCUGUGUUUAAACGUGUUAGACGUUUAUUAGAUUUUCAACAUUUAGCUUAGAGCUCUUGAGGAAUUUCGAGAGGAGCAUGUGAUAUAAUUGAUCGUGGCUGGUUUCUCAUCUACAAUCAUUAAUAAACCAAUCAGAUUAUUCCAGACUCACAAUAAAUAGCCCGUCUCGCCUAAAGCUGCGGUCACACUGCCCGUUUCUCCCCAUAGACUUCCCUUCAUACGCAUGCAAAUGCGUCAGACUGGAAACCGCAGAUCGUGCGAAAAGUUUCGCAGUACGCUGCAUUGGAAAAUUCAAGCUUGGUGAUCUCUGACCUGCAAAAUUGCAUCACAUGAUUGCGUGAGACUAAUCGAAGAUUAAAACAUGACCUCUUUGGACAGAAAUUUAAAACAUGGACCCAUCGCUCGCUUUUGUAAGUGUCUAAUCAUCUUGUUUAAUCCUGCCCAUUUUCACAGUGCUGUACGACAGAAUUUCGCAAGCUCAAACUCUAGUGUGACCGCAGCUUUAUUCCUUUAUCUUCAUUUUUGAAGAAUCCACCGCAUUUUCCUUAUUUACCAGGAGGAGCUCUCAAGAACUACCUGAUCUCGUACCCCCUUACAGUACAUGCUUUUUGACCAGGCGGGAGCCCUGGGCUCAAUUAUCUCAGAGCUCAGGGUUCUCUCCUGGGACAGCACGCCAAACCUGCUAUUAAUAUAAAGCAAUAUCUAAGUGUGAACUCUGGAAACAUCUUUUAAACACACACAGAAAAAAUAGCAUCUCUGUAAAUUGCAUAAGCUUAUUUUGUAACAUUAGAUCAACAAAUCAAGAAAAGUCCAUAUAAUGCAGUCAUCCAUAGACCCUUACCUUAAAGAAAUAAGAUAAGUGGUUGAAAGUGAAAAGAAGAGAUGGAUUUAACAAAAGUGUAAACAUAAAUGCAUCUUUAUUUACUUUUGAUCCGGUCAACCACAACAGAUGUUUGCUGUAAACAGGGCCUCGGUCGUUUUUUGGAGCAUUCCACAAUAAUUAUGGUAUGAUUUUAAAUACAUAUGUUAUGAUUUUAAACCAUAUAAUCCAAGACAGAUCAGCGAGGAUUUUCACAUUUCAUUUCAUCUUAUGCUGACAUUUUUAAAAAGUAAAAAGAAAGGAAAUAAAAUCCUUUUAUAUUUGUACAUUCAGUUGUACACAUUAGUAUUGCAAAAUGAAAUU